AUGACGCGUACGACGGGCGAGAAGGACGCAGAGCCGACGCCGAUGGACUGGAUUCUCGAGACGUGGACGUACGGGAUGCAUAUCCAAUACAACACAGCAGCGGCGGGUGUCAUGGACUGGGUGGGCGAUCGCGUGUUAUAUAGACGGGUACGGUUCACGAUGGGGCAGCUGUCAGACGCACUGUACGAGCUGGUCCGAGAGACGCGGGAGCUACUCGUAGAGCUGACGGCGACGGAGGAUUCAGGUUUGCCAGACGGUCCCGAAAGUGACGUGCGGUCCCAGCUGCCAGCCAUCCCAUGGUCAUCGAUCGAAGACGACUACAGCGAGACGAAGCCGGGCUACUCAUUUCUUACCGACGACCGUAAUAGUUAG